AGAGUUAUCAAACUCAAAUUUCUAGCAGCUCAUAAUGAUCGACACCCUCCCGUCUAAUGUUAAAUGUCUAUUCCCCCAAGAAAAUCUUGAGUUUGCAGAGAGCAUCACUGAAGAUGAAUCAAAAGUUUUGAAAGAGGUAUUUCAAAAACAUGCCUGCUUUGAAGAAGUGGGUGAGAUGAUCGCAGAAGUGGAUAAGAGAGAUCACGCAUUAGCCGACAGAAUGCGAAAAGUACUUGCUGCGAACUGUUCCCGACUCGAAGGACUGAGCCCCAAUGCUGUUGAGUUCAGCAAGAAGGCUGUAAGUUUCGUCACACAUGUAAUGUGUUCGAUGACGCUAGGCAAGCAGGCAUGCCUUGAGAAAGCUGACGAAAUUCACGAAGAAUUCCAGAAACUUCCUGCAGCCGAUCAAGAAGCGUUGAAGAAAGCUCAUCCGGAUGUUAAAUUCUAAGCAAUGAGAUUCAUUUCUUGCGUUUAUUUUAUUCCCUAUGCCUACUAUCUUAAACAGUUGGCACCGCCUAGUUUUUGCUCUCAAACAUAUUGACAUCUGAUGGUACUCAAACUUUCCUCAAUAAAUUUUGAUAAA